AUGAAUCUGAGGAAGAUUCACAGGAAGAAGAAGAAGAAACAGCCGGAGAAGAACAGGAAGUUCACGAAAUGUUGGAAUCUACUCCACAAAAACGAGGUCGCGGACGACCAAAUUUGGAAAGAACUGGACGGCGUGGUAGACCGCGUAAAUUAUAUCAUACCGCUAAUGUCGCAAAAUGUCAGGAAUGGCAACAAUACGUGGAGUUUGGUAAGUAGACCAUUGAAUAAAAAGGUCACAAAGAAUAAGUGGGUUUACAGGAUAAAGCGAAAUCAGGAUGGAAAUAUUGAAAAAUUUAAAGCCAGGCUAGUUGCACGCGGAGACCAACAAUUACCAGGGCAGCAUUAUGACGAGACAUUUGCGCCUGUAGCAAGGUUUGAGAUGUUAAGAGCGUUGUUAGCUAUAAGUGCCGAAAAUGAAAUGUUCGUUCACCAUAUGGAUAUAGUUUCCGCGUACACAUAG